AUGUUGCCAUGGAUCGGCAACUUCAAGGAGCUUCUAGAAAAAGCAAACCAGGCCGAAACAACGUGCUCGGUCGGCAAGCUCCUUGAACAAACGUUUUUGUCGUGAUGACAACUGAAGGCCUGAAUUUUUUAUAGGCGCCGUCCAUCUCCGGGCAACCUGGAUUCCAGUCUCAAAUAUCCACCAAUUGUCGUGCUUUUGAGUCCGGCACACCUUGUAACUUGCGCGCCGUGCACCUGUUCCAUGCCUCAUUGACCGUCAUGCUCGCCGCUCUGCUUGUGCUCGACAUUAUUGCAGGUACUGUAGUUUCUGAUUUUUUUUAAUCCAUGAAAAUCUAGUGAUUGACUGUUUGACUGUUGUUUGAUUGAUUUAUUUAUGGCAAAUUAGUGAUGCAACCAUCUGAAGAAUCGGGAUGCAGCCGUAGAAUUUCAAAGACACAACGUUUGAUGCUUUAUAAGGUAGAUAAACUCGGUCACUUUCUUGUCAUUAAAAUGAGCACUACCAUCAAAAAAUAAACGAAAAAAAUAAAUCAAAAUAAAAAAACCUUUUCUGAAAGUUUUUCGGGAGCCUCACAAGGGAGAUCAUUUUACGCUGCGGUUGGGAAUUUUAGAAAUUUUGCCAGAAUACUCGUUGAUCUACCAGAAUAAGAUUCUGGAAGCCAAAACCUGCACAACUACCUAGUUUUCGAGAAAUAAGGACUCAAAAGUCAAAAAAUGCCUAUUUAAACGAAUUUUCAGAGAAUUCAUUAACUUUGAGGUGCCCUGUCUCAAAAACUAGAAAGUUGUGCAGUUUGAAAGUUUCAGAAAUUUUUUUUGGUACAGCCAGAAAUGUUCUGACCUAUUUUCAGCAGAAUUUAAACGACUAAGAGAGUUGACCAUUUUUGUUAAAUCCACAGUAAAUAUUAUUUUUCUUCAGUUUUUCUAGAUAUCCACUUAUAAAUUUUUCACUUUUCUAUGUAAAACUCCUUCGGAUGAAAUUAACUCUGAGUAACAUGAAAAUGGAAAGAAUUGAGAAAACCGUUCUACAGUGACACAUGUUCAUAUUAAGAAAUUUCCAUUUCAUCUAAAAGAGUUUUCAAUCGAUCUUAUCAACGUCAAAAAUUUUCAGCGGUUGUAUCAUUGAAAUGCAGCCAGUGCAAUGGUUGGCACGGCGACUACCCUUUGAGGUUUCCUCAACCGAAACUCCUGCAGAAGUUCUGAUUUUUUUCAGAUACACAACGGCCAGCACAUGCGACAACCGCAACAAUCAGUGUGAAACGACGCAGGUUUCCUUGCACCCCAAAAAAAAAACAAUUGGAUAUGAAAUUUCAGUACUGCGUCAAAAUAAUUGAUCCAAUGUCGCCUGGAUCCAAUUACGUGACGUAUAAAAGCGAUUGCUUCUACCAGACGCAAAUCCAAGUUAAUCCCACGAACUUGAGCUAUGUUCAAGGAAAAUUAUGUUAUCCUUAUCAAGACGGCUCCGCGCCAGUCAAACGGUGAGUACUGUCCGUUUAUUAUUUGGAUCCACAAUUAAAGAUUUUUUUUUUUCUUUUUGUAACAAGCUAUCUGGAACAGACUUUUACCCAAGAAAAUGUUACAGUCGAUGAAAGAACGAAAAAAAUCCGAACAGUUUGAAAAAAAAAAAUCUUAUAACGCAUUACCGUUUCAGCAUCAAUUCAGAUUUUCAGAUGGUACUAUUGCUUCUGCAACGACCGUGAUUAUUGCAACUCAGCCACGAUCUCAACGUUUACGCUGUCUUUAAUAUUUGUAACACUACAUUUGUUUUAA